AUGUAUUCCACUGAUCGCCUCAACAGUAUAUAUAGUUUAAUCAAGAACAACAAUGGUGCUGGAGCACUUAGCGUGGCAAGAAGAUUAGAACGAAUUGCGUUGACUGAAGUACGAUACAAGUCACAUCUUACCUAUUUACACCAAUGUAAAGACGUUAAAAGACUACCAUCCAUCCUUUAUUCGAGACCACCUAUCGACCACCCUAAAGCUUGGGAAAUCGCGGAAAAAACUGGCUGGGCUUACUUACGUAUUUUGAUAGGAAACUGCCAUAACAACUUACGCAAUAUAGCAACGGAAUCAACCAAGCUGAACGAAGACUUUGAGCAGAUCUUAGAUGAACGGACAAUAGGUAUGUCACGGGAAGCAAUUUUUCAACGAUGUUUGCAUGAGAAAAAUAAAGUAUUAGACAGACAUAAAAAGAAGCUAUCCAGAUAUACAGAUAUAUGAACUAAAGAUAAACAAUCGAGAAAACGUUGGGUCGUUAACACUUCCAAUCGAGUUUUGAAUCACAAUGACAUUACAUUACUCAGACGUAGCCUGAAUUUUGCAAUAAUCCACAAAAGCAUACCCAUGCACGAAAGAUAUAAUUGCUUCUGUAGAACAAGGCAUAAAUAACCUAACCAUUGAUGAAAAGAAUGACAUUCGGGAACGUAUUUCUUCUGUGAUUAAAAGUGCCAAAUGCCCGACCAACCGAAACCUUUCUCGGCAAGAAGAAAAAGCGUUAAAAGAUUUGCGAAAUGAUAAAGAAAUAAUGAUUACAAAAGCGGAUAAAGGUAAUGCCGUAGUAAUUAUGAAUCGGACAGAUUAUCAAAACCAUGUAGAGGAAAUGUUAAAGGAUAAAAACACUUAUAAGGAUAUCACGGACAAAAGACGCAAUCCAACAUCGAAAAUUGAGACAGACCUGCAACAAAUUUUAUUGAAAUUAAAAGACACGGGAUAUUUAACAGAAAACGAGUAUACCAAGUUAAAACCUUUCGACUCCUUCCCUGCGGCUUUAUACUGUUUACCCAAAAUACAUAAAGUACCUUUGGUUGAGCAAGAUGAACAUUUCAAAAUAGAAACGGGCACUGACAUUCCUUUUAGACCAAUUAAUAGCUCAAUCGGAUCUCCUACAUAUGAAGUAUCUAAGUAUUUGGCGCGUAUAUUAAAGCAUCUAUAUAAUGAGAACUACACCGAGCAAAAAAUUCGAAGGAAUUUCCAACUUUUGUCACCAACCAGAAAAUUAAUUAAUCCGGACGAACAGCUUGUAUCGUUUGACGUAACCUGCAAAUCUGGCUCUGCAAAUCGUAAAAGAAGAGCUAGCAAACACAAAUCUUUGGACACAACACACCAAUUUAACCGCAGAACAGAUUUACAACUUAUUAAAGUUCAUAUUAAACAAUAG